AUGCCAUCUGAACGCUGCCUCAGUAUUCAAGAAAUGCUGACAGGCCAGAGGCUCUGCCACUCCGAAUCUCACAAUGAUAGCGUCCUGGCAGCCCUGAACCAGCAGAGAAGUGACGGGAUCCUCUGCGAUGUCACCCUGAUUGCUGAGGAACAGAAAUUCCAUGCUCACAAGGCAGUCCUAGCAGCAUGCAGCGACUAUUUCCGGGCCAUGUUCAGUCUUUGCAUGGUGGAAAGUGGAGCUGAUGAAGUGAAUUUACAUGGUGUGACCAGCCUUGGCUUAAAGCAAGCUCUGGAGUUUGCAUACACAGGACAGAUUUUGUUGGAGCCAGGCGUGAUCCAGGACGUGUUAGCAGCUGGCAGUCACCUACAGCUCUUGGAGCUUCUCAAUUUAUGUUCCCAUUAUCUCAUCCAGGAAUUAAAUAGCUUUAAUUAUUUGGAUCUGUACAGACUUGCUGAUCUCUUUAACCUCACUUUGUUGGAGAAGGCAGUGAUCGAUUUCUUAGUGAAACAUCUCUCGGAGCUCCUGAAGAGCCGCCCGGAAGACGUCCUGACGCUGCCUUACUGCCUGCUGCAGGAGGUCCUGAAGAGUGACCGCCUGACCUCCCUGAGCGAAGAGCAGAUCUGGCAGCUAGCCUUGAGGUGGUUGGAACACAGCUGCCAUUACCAGUACAUGGAUGAGCUCCUGCAGUACAUCCGCUUUGGCCUUAUGGAUGUGGAUACUCUCCAUACAGUUGCCCUGUCGCACCCCCUCGUCCAAGCAAGUGAGACCGCAACAGCCCUUGUCAACGAGGCCCUGGAAUACCAUCAGAGUAUCUAUGCACAGCCUGUCUGGCAGACUCGCAGGACCAAACCGCGAUUUCAGUCCGACACUCUGUAUAUCAUUGGUGGGAAAAAGCGAGAGGUCUGUAAAGUCAGGGAACUUCGGUACUUCAAUCCUGUUGAUCAGGAGAAUGCUCUCAUAGCUGCCAUUGCCAACUGGAGUGAGCUGGCUCCCAUGCCCGUGGGCAGGAGCCACCACUGUGUGGCAGUCAUGGGCGACUUCCUGUUUGUAGCAGGAGGGGAAGUUGAGCAUGCCAGUGGCCGUUCCUGUGCCGUGAGGACUGCUUGUCGCUAUGAUCCCCGCAGUAAUUCCUGGGCAGAGAUAGCAUCCAUGAAAAACUGCCGGGAGCACUUCGUGCUGGCAGCCGUGGAUGAAUGCCUCUAUGCAGUUGGGGGCAGAAAUGAACUGCGCCAGGUUCUGCCUACAGUGGAGCGAUAUUGCCCCAAGAAGAACAAAUGGACUUUUGUGCAGUCCUUUGACCGAUCCCUUUCAUGUCAUGCUGGAUAUGUGGCUGAUGGUCUUCUUUGGAUAUCAGGUGGAGUAACUAACACGGCACAAUAUCAGAACAGACUAAUGGUAUAUGAACCUAACCAGAAUAAGUGGAUAAGCCGCAGCCCCAUGCUGCAGAGGAGGGUCUACCAUUCCAUGGCUGCUGUCCAAAGGAAGCUUUAUGUUCUUGGAGGCAAUGAUCUAGAUUACAAUAAUGACCGGAUCCUUGUGCGUCAUAUAGAUUCUUAUAACAUAGACACUGACCAAUGGACGCGCUGUAAUUUCAACCUGUUGACUGGCCAAAAUGAAUCUGGAGUUGCUGUCCAUAAUGGGAGAAUAUAUUUAGUUGGUGGAUAUUCAAUUUGGACAAAUGAGCCUCUGGCUUGUAUCCAGGUAUUGGAUGUAAGUAGAGAAGGCAAAGAAGAAGUAUUCUAUGGGCCUACACUCCCUUUUGCUUCCAAUGGAAUAGCAGCAUGCUUCCUUCCAGCUCCAUAUUUCACAUGCCCUAACCUUCAAACUCUUCAAGUGCCUCAUCACAGAAUUGGCACUGUCUGA